AUGGAUUCUAUCACGGCAUCUAUAGCCUAUGAUGAUAAUCCGUUCUCAAACCGGCAGAGAAAAUCAGUCAAGGAUAAACACCAGGAAAAGGGAACACCAUGUUCUUAUUUGACUGCAAACAACACUAGCAGUAGUGCAAAUAAAUCGUCUUCGAAGGUGUCCAAAGAAGUCAAGAAUUUCUCUAAGCUUAGCAGCAGAGUAGCAGAUGCCACCUCUGAGAAUAGUAAUAAGGGAAAGAGAAGAAGCUCUAACUGUUCGAUGGAAGCAACACCCAAGAAGAAGCAGAAAAUACGCUUAACAAAGGUUGCUCGCCGAAAGAUCGAGAUCAAGAACCAAAUAGUGAACAUGGGCGUUUGGAGGCCAAGAGAGACAGACACAGAAUCCGAGGCACUCGCGUACACCCCAGAGAAGUAUAAGCGAGAGGAAAGGGAGUUUGCAGAAGCCAAGGAGCUACUUGGAAACAAAUAUAAAAGUCACACAGAGAAAGAAGAGUGUGGUAAUGAACUAGGGUUCAUUGAAGGGAUGGUAACUCAAUUACGCGACUACCAGACUGUUGGUGCCGCAUUCAUGUUGCGCCAGGAACGAUCACAAAAAACCUGUCGUGGUGGGAUUAUUGCCGAUGAUAUGGGCCUAGGAAAGACCGUCCAGUCUAUUGCUUGCCUUCUUCUUAACCCCCCACCCAGCAAGGCAAUCCAGAGCAGACGCAGUGCGACUCUAAUCAUAGUCCCCAAUAAAGGACUCCUGAAACAAUGGAUUGGGGAGUUAGAGAAGCACACAGACAUCACCGAAGACUAUGUGUGCGAAUACCGCGGAGGAAUGAAGGCUGUGGGGAUAGCAGCGCACCCCUAUGUGUUUGCAACCUACAGCCAAGUUGUCAAAGACUUCAAAGGCGGCAAUGGACCACUAUUCAAAAUUGAAUUCUUCCGUAUCAUACUUGAUGAAGGCGACAACAUCAAGAACCUCUACGGAAUGACCUCCAAAGCGUGUGCAGCAUUGAAGGCGAAACUGAAAUGGGUACUCUCGGGGACUCCUCUACGGAAUGGUGUGGACGAAUGUAUCCCAUACUUUCGAUUCCUCGGCAUUGAUUUCCACGAAGAGCUGACUGCCUUCACUAAGAGAUGGGGAGAUCCCGAAUCGAAUAGCAUGCGUGAUCGAACGAUGCAGAUCCUAGCUAAAAUAAUGCUUCGCCGAGAAUCUGGUCAAAUGUACAUAGGGCGACCAGUGUGCAAGCUGCCACAAUCGCAUCUCGAAGACAGAAUAGUUUCUAUUACAGAUGAAGAGAGAGCACUUUCUAGGUACGUGGGACUCGAAAAUGGAGAUGAAGAAAAAGACGAGAAUAGGAAGAAAGUAAAAGGUAGCUACACGAAAGCACUCAAACCAAGCUUCCGCCUACGGAUUAACUGGCUCCGACAAGCAGUCGAUCAUCCAUUCCUUCUAGAGAGAUGCAUCAAAGCCUUUAUGAAUCCAGAAGAAUUGAGGAACUUGAUCGCAGAGCUGGACAAAAUCGAGUCAUCUAAGAAGACAAAUGAGCACGGCACUCCAUCUUCAGAUCAAACUUCAAGCAUACAGCCAGGAGGGCUGAGCAUCUAUUCAAUCGCACUCGAAAUUGCACUCGACAUGAAAUAUCACAUUAGUGAUGUACUUCAGUCUAAGAACGAUAGCGAAAAUGAUGACUGCACUCAGUGCCCUUCCAAUGUUGGACGUCAAUCGCUCGAGUGCGGACAUAGUAUGUGUCGAGGUUGCUACGAGAAGUCAAUUGGCGAUGUAGCUACAAAAAGCAGAGCCCAUUUCAAGUGUGUCAUAUGCGGCAAAACUGUCGCUUCUAUCAAAACGGAGGACGAUGAUGACGAUAAACCUUCACUUCAAGAAGCGCCAAUGAAACUCAGAGACGAAGUUUUUCGAAUGCCAGAUGGUCGGAGGGUACUAGUAGAAGUGAGCAAUUACCAAAGGAAAGGGGAUGAUUUCAAUGAGAGACAACCGCAAUUGGAGCAAUCAAGUAGUCGUUGGCUCCACAAGUGCGACGAGAAGGGUCAAGUCACCGCAAGCACCAAGACCAUGGCUGCCGUCCAAACAGUCGAGGAAUGGCUGGAAAUAGCCCCAGGAGACAAGAUUGUGAUUUUCACAGAGUGGUAUGUCUCUGCUCAAGUUAUAGGGCGGCUGCUCAAUGAACGAAUUAGUGUGAAGGAUAGGGCAAAGAACCUUGAAGAUUUCAAGAUCAAGGGUAAUAUCAAAGUUAUGAUCAUGGGGGUGAAAGCUGGCAAUGUUGGUCUCAACAUCACCUGGGCCAACCGAAUGAUUAUAAUGAAUCCAUGGUGGAACCAAGGAUCUGAACUCCAAGCAUUUGGCCGUAUAAAACGCCACGGUCAGCAAAAAGAGACAUACCUAGUCUGUCUAUUUGCUAAAGAUACCAUCGACGAGCGAAUUCUUAAGUUACAGGGUGAAAAGAUGGCCGAUAUCAGAGAUGCGAUGAGCCAAGGGAGAAAGCCAAAACCGCUAUCACACGACGAGAAGUACUGGCUAUUGACAGACCUAGAUGCUCUAGAACCUUCAUUGGCCGGGUCUGGCAAGAAAGGCGAGGACAGUGAAGAUGACGUGGAUGAUACCGCUGCGUCAGAUCCUAAAGAUGGCGCUUAAUUCUACCCAGCUAGUACUGGAGCUGAUAGACUCG